AUGGAGCAUGAGAUAUGGGAGCUGCGCCGCCGUCUGGCAGAAGCUGAACAACAAUUAAGCGAAGAAAGGCUCCAGACUCGACAGACUACCCUCCUUGAGUUUCUCGACGCUUGCCAUACUCACCUAUUCCUUGGGCUAGCUAUUCAACCAAACCCAGACCCAUCGACGAAAGGCGAUCCAGCAAAUUGCAGACAAUAA